GCUGAAUAUUUACCAGAAGCUGUCAAUGACUCAGAUGCCAAGGAAGAACUCAUGGCUGAAUGUGAGAGUAUUUGGAAUCAAAUGGAAGAGUGUCAGAACAAGCUAACACUUCUACAGACACACACACUGCUAAAAUCAGAUGCCAAGCUUUCAUUGUUAAUGAUGCAAGUGAAAGCUUUUACAGCGGAAUAUAAUGAAUGGCAAAAAAGAAGUCCUGAAAUAAUUUCUGCCAAUCCAGAUGUAUUGUUAACAGUGGGAAGAGAAGAGUUACAGAAAGUGAAAAAGGAACUUGAAAUGGUGCUGUCAGCUCUUCGGGUAAAGAAUAAACAACUGGACGAAGAUCUAAACAGGGAACAGCAGUGGUAUGAGGAGCAGGAGCAGAUAGCAGCUGCUCUUGAACGAAUUGAAGAAAGGGAAAAAACUCAAACUGAAGAACUUUCCAAAAACAGCAUAUUUAAUGAACUGCACAAUGAAGCAUCAAAACUAAAAACAUUUAAGGAAGAACUCUUGAAUGCUCUGGGAAAAUUCCUAGAAGACCAUUUUCCCCUUCCAGAGAAAAGUGGAAGGGCUAAGAAGGUAAGAUUUUCNNNNGAGCCAGCUGUAGAACUGAUAACACUGCAUGAAAUUUUAGAGAUUCUUAUUAAAAAAACACUGAAAACACCUCAUGAACCCUAUGUAACAAUCAGUGACUCAUUCUGGCCACCUUAUAUUGAGCUGCUGCUGCGCUAUGGAAUUGUCCUGAGACAUCCAGAAGAUCCGAACAGAAUCCGCCUAGAAGCCUUUCACAUGUAG